AUGCUCAGAGAAAGAAACAUCGACAUCUGCGCAUUACAGGAAACAAAAUGGUCCGGCGCCAAGACGAAAAGAAUUGGUGGAUACAGUUUGUAUUAUAAAGGAGAGCGAUCGAAAGUCAAUGGUGUCGCCAUCGCCGUUUCACAGAGGUUAGAACACACCGUCAAGGAUAUACAAAGGAUUUCUGACCGCAUCAUUUAUGAUAGUGAUGGAGUCCUCCUGUACGAUUUUAACAAAAUCAAAAAUCGCUGGCAAGAAUAUUUCCAAGAGAUCUGUAACGUAGAGUUUCCGCAUCCACCGCCUCCAAAAGAGCCGCAGAUCCACGGACCCAUCCCACGAAUAAGUGAGAAUGAAGUCAAAGAAGCCGUCAAAAAGAUGAAGAACAUGAAAGCCACUGGGCCAGACGACAUUCCUGUAGAGGUCUGGAGACAAUUUGGAGGCUAUUCCUUUUUGACGGAACUCUUCAACAACUGUAUAGAAAAAGGAGUAAUUCCGAAAGAUCAAAAAGCAUCACAGUGCCCAUUUAUAAGAAGAAAGGAGACAUUGCUAAUUGCUCCAGCUGUGGUGUGCAAGAAACGUCACGUCUCUACGGAAUGUGUGAAUAAAACUGUUCCAGCUCGAGCAAAUGAAGUAAAAUAUGAACACCUCGAGGAUUAUAGUACCUAUUUCGCAACUGUCGAAUGUUCGACUGGAGCUGGAGCAGGUCCGAUGAGCCCAUGGAUAUUACUGCCAAUCAAGGGAAGUGCG